AUGUUUCAAAGAACUGCAACGAGUUAUUCAAAUUCUGAAACUGAAAUUUUGAAAAAUACAAUCGACGCCCUCCGCGCCUUCUCCUACCAAGAGAUUCAAUCCGAGAAGUGUUCGACUAUGAAUCAAUUGGAGUCCUACAUGACAUCGAACCUCGUCGGAAGUGUGAUGGAGAAGUACUUCGAGAAUUCAUUGACUGAAAAUAUCUGCUCUCAUUCAAUCUCUUUCUUCCAACCAACUUGUCAACAACUCAUGUCCUCUGUUGCUCCAAGACUCGUCAGUUUGACCGCCGUAUUGGCUAAGGAGAACAAGUUCAGCCGGGCUCUCAACUGCUAA